AUGGAAGAUCCAAAGUUAGAAAAACAAUUUAAAAGCCAUCGUAACACGAUAACAUCAUUGCAUUUUGCACCGAACACAAAACAACUUGGUAUAUCCGGAAGUUUAGACUCAUGUCUGUUCCUUUGGCCAUUCAAGUCCCAAGCUCGAGCUUAUCGAUUUGUUGGUCACAAUGAUGCUGUGUAUUCAGUAUGUUUCUCUCCAUCGGGUCAUUUAGUUGCAUCAGGAUCAAAAGAUAAAAAAGUUCGGCUGUGGAUUCCCAGUGUUAAAGGUGAAUCAACUGUGUUCAAAGCUCACACCGGCGCUGUUCGAUGUGUUGAUUUUGCUACCGACGGUCAAAGUUUAUUGACUUCAUCGGAAGACAAGACUAUCAAAAUAUGGACUGUUCAUCGACAAAAGUUUCAAUUUUCAUUAAACCAACAUUCGAACUGGGUUCGUUGCGCUAAAUUUUCGCCCGACGGUCGAUUAAUUGUUAGCUGUAGUGAUGAUAAAACAGUCAAACUCUGGGAUAGAAACACCAAUGAAUGCAUGCACACAUUCUACGAACCACAUGGAUUUCUCAAUGAAGUUGCCUUCCAUCCAAGUGGUACGUGCAUCGCCGGAGGUUGCACAGACGCGAGUGUGAAGAUUUGGGACAUACGAACAAGAAAACUGAUUCAACACUAUGCAAAUCAUGUGGCAUCGGUGAAUAGUAUCGCUUUUCAUCCGAAUGGAAAUUAUCUCCUAACAGCAUCCAGUGAUGCUACUUUGAAAAUUUUCGAUCUACUCGAAGGACGCCUUAUUUAUACAUUACAUGGUCAUCAGGGACCAGCGAUGACUGUUGCCUUUUCGAAACAAGGUGAUUAUUUCGCUUCUGGUGGUCAAGAUCAGCAAGUAUUAGUCUGGAAAACAAACUUCGAUGUAUCUUCUUCCACUCAUGAAUUGAACAGUAAUAGAUAUACAACUAGUGCAGACUAUGGUGCAGAGACACAAUUUUCAUCACGAAGCUCUCAACAAAAUAAACCAACAAUCAGUUCAUUACAAGAAAAACCUCAUUUGUCAAUGAAUGAUGAUAAACAAGCGCGAAAAAUUGAUAUCCUCAGAGAAAAAUCUCUGUUGCGUAUGUUCCACGACGCAGAUCCUUUGGAAAUAACAAAUGUUGGUUCAACUUAUGAAAGCGGUAUCAGUCGAUCGAAUAGUGCUUCCGCUGAUCUAAUCAAUUCCGACAGACCAUCCACAGGAGGAAAUCGUCAUACUCGUUCGACCUAUGAUAUCGAUAAAAGCAAUCAACCGGCAUUAACGCCUCAAAUAACCACUACUCUUGAUCAUAUCGUUCAACAACUGGAUAUUCUAACAAAAACUGUGUCAAUACUAGAAACACGGUUAACAAUGACAGAAAGUAAACUACAAGAAUUAAAUCACGAAGAACACAAUCGCAAAUGA